AAACACAGCCCGUGGCAACAGUGUAAUGGUUUUCGCGGACUUGGCAACACUGGUGUCUCGGCCGCUUGGGGUAAACAUUCCGUUUCUAUGGCAACUGUGGAACUUCAACGAGACUAGUCGUUUGAUUACGUCAUAGAACAGGCUGCUUAUAAAGAGCUGCGCGCUCGCAGAAGUUCUGAAGUUCAGUGAUAAUCCGAGCCGAGGCGAAGAGUCACCGAGCAAAGAAUCUAAGCGAAGUCUACGAAUACUGAGUACAGUCCAGACUACAGAUGGGCCAUAUUUAGUGUUUAUGAAAACAUACAGUUUAUUCACACUGUCUGUAGUCUCACUCACAGUGUGUAUCAGAUACAGUUUGACAACAAUAUCUAACAGCUACUAAAUAGAGUACAUCAGAAAUCAUGUCCACAGACUCCACACAAAAGAGAGAUGUGCAGCUAAAGGCUGAUAUCAGCAGCACUGUCUCAGAGAAUGGAAAUGAUCAGAGUGGCAUGAAUAUUUCUCCUGCAACCAAUGAGAAGACCAGAUCAACAGUGAGGAAGAGCAACAAAACCUCUGCAUUCCUCCGAAGAACAUGGAAGGCUGUGAAAAAAUCCUUUCAGAAAAACAGAGUGGAUCCCUUUGGAGUCUCAGCACAGUCUGAUCCAGAGCCAUCGUGUGUCCCAGAUCCUGAAGCAGAAGAUAAAGUGGACCUGGUUGAUGAAGAACAGUUGUGUGCUGAAGGCCAAAGUGGUGCUAAACUUCAAGUGACAGCAGAAACUCCCAAAACUCAAGUGACAACAGACUCCACACAAAAGAGAGAUGUGCAGCUGAAAGCUGAUAUUAGCAGCACUGUCUCAGAGAAUGGAAAUGAUCAGAGUGGCAUGAAUAAGGAAAAGACCAAAUCAAAAGUGAUGAAGAGCAACAAAAUCUGUGCAUUCUUUCAAACAAGAUGGAAGUGUGUGAAAAAAUCCUUCCAGAAAAGCAGAGUGGAGCCUAUUGAGAUCCCAGCACAGCCUGAUCCAGAGCCAUCGUGUGUCCCAGAUCCUGAAGCAAAAGCUGAAGUAGAGCUGGUUGUUGCACAUCGUGUCCCAGAUCCUGAAGCAGAAGCUGAAGUAGAACUGGUUGAUUCACAUCGUGUCCCAGAUCCUGAAGCAGAAGCUGAAGUAGAUCUGGUUGAUUCACAUCGUGUCCCAGAUCCUGAAGCAGAAGCUGAAGUAGAUCUGGUUGUUGCACAUCGUGUCCCAGAUCCUGAAGCAGAAGCUGGAGUAGAGCUGGUUGAUGCACAUCAGUUGUGUGUCGCAGGUCCAAAUGGUCCUGAACCUCAAGUGAAAACAGAAACUCAAGUGACAACAGAGUUGCCAAUGUUACAUAAUGUCCUUCUAAACAUUUUCCAACUGGAGCGUCGCAUGUGCAAAUGUAGAGUUAUGUGGACACCUAUCGCUGAGGUCUGGCCCAGUGUCUUCAUGGGAAAUGAGGAGACAGCAAUGGACCGAGUCAAACUGAAGGAGAUGGGUAUUACUCACAUCCUGAACACUGCGGCAUACAAGGAAUAUCCAGAAGGAAAGAUUAAUACAAAAGCGGAAUAUUACCAAGAAAUGAACAUCACUUACUACGGCGUGCUUGUAACGGAUGAACACAGGUUUGACAUCAGCAAGGACUUAUUCCCAGCUUCAGAAUUCAUCCACAAGGUCCUGAGUAACACAGAAAAUAAGUUGUUAGUGCACUGCAUAGAUGGUGUCAGCCGCUCUGCCACAUUUUUUCUGGCGUACCUGAUGAUCCACCAUGAAAUGUUGUUGGAGGAUGCCAUCGACCACGUCAUAGACAAGAGAUGGAUCAGGCCAAACAGGGACUUCUUGAAGCAGCUGAUAACCCUCAAUUCAAACCUCGUAACACAGGGGAAACUACAGCUAAGAAAACCCAUAAACACAGAUAAAACAAAAAACGGAGAGGACGCAGUUGCGCACCCUGUUCCAGAACCAUUGUGUGAGCCAGGUCCGAGCAAACCUAAACCAGAACCUCAAGUGACAAAAGAGCUUUCAGUAUUAGAAAGUCAUGUCUCUCUAAGUGUCCUUCAACUCCAGGAUCGCGUGGAUGAAUAUACACUGUACUGCACACCUGUCACUGAGGUCUGGCCCAGUGUCUUCAUGGGAAAUGAGGAGACAGCAAUGGACCGAGUCAAACUGAAGGAGAUGGGUAUUACUCACAUCCUGAACACUGCGGCAUACAAGGAAUAUCCAGAAGGAAAGAUUAAUACAAAAGCGGAAUAUUACCAAGAAAUGAACAUCACUUACUACGGCGUGCUUGUAACGGAUGAACACAGGUUUGACAUCAGCAAGGACUUAUUCCCAGCUUCAGAAUUCAUCCACAAGGUCCUGAGUAACACAGAAAAUAAGUUGUUAGUGCACUGCAUAGAUGGUGUCAGCCGCUCUGCCACAUUUUUUCUGGCGUACCUGAUGAUCCACCAUGAAAUGUUGUUGGAGGAUGCCAUCGACCACGUCAUAGACAAGAGAUGGAUCAGGCCAAACAGGGACUUCUUGAAGCAGCUGAUAACCCUCAAUUCAAACCUCGUAACACAGGGGAAACUACAGCUAAGAAAACCCAUAAACACAGAUAAAACAAAAAACGGAGAGGACGCAGUUGCGCACCCUGUUCCAGAACCAUUGUGUGAGCCAGGUCCGAGCAAACCUAAACCAGAACCUCAAGUGACAAAAGAGCUUUCAGUAUUAGAAAGUCAUGUCUCUCUAAGUGUCCUUCAACUCCAGGAUCGCGUGGAUGAAUAUACACUGUACUGCACACCUGUCACUGAGGUCUGGCCCAAUGUCUUCAUUGGAAAUGAAGAGACGGCAAGAAACCGAGCCAAACUGAAAGGGAUGGGGAUUACUCACAUCCUGAAUGCUGCGGCAGUGGAGAAGAGCUUGAAGGUCUUGUUUGAAAUUCCAAGCAAGAAAAGCCUAAAAGGAAAGGUCAAUACAGGAGAGGCAUAUUACCAAGGCAGGAGCAUCAAUUACUAUGAUGUUCCUGCAGAAGACAAAUGCUCAUUUAACAUCAGCGAGUACUUCUUCCCAGCCGCACAGUUCAUCCACCAGGCCCUGAGUAACCCAGAGAAUAAGGUGUUGGUGCACUGCAAAAAGGGUCUCAGCCGCUCUGCCACACUUGUUCUGGCAUAUCUGAUGAUUUACCAUGACAUGAUGGUGGAGGAUGCCAUUGACCAUGUCAUGGAGGCGAGAGACAUCAGGCCCAACAUAGGCUUCUUGAAGCAACUGACAAUCCUUAAUUCAAACCUCAAAAGUCAGCGGAUACUACAGUUAAAAAAACAGAUCAAAGUUGAAAAAGAAACGGAUUAA